AUGAAGUGGACCGACGAUUUUGUCAUUAAAUUCAUAAAUACUUAUGAACAAUACCCUGAGCUGUGGGAUGCAACAAACUCCCAAUGUAAAAUAAAAUUUAAAAAAAGUGAAGUGUGGGAUUCCAUCGCGACAGGCCUCGGCGUGGAUGUGGCCGGAUUAAAAAAAAAAAAAGACAGCUUAUUAGCCACUUACAGGAAAGUCCGCCAGAUGAAGACUGAGCCUGGGAAGUCUUGCGCUGGGGUUGGGGAAGUUAACGCUCCAAAUUGGUUCAUUUUCAAAGGAUUUGAAUUUCUGCACUGCAAAUAUCAGCUGCGGAAGACAAUCAACACAGAUAUAAGUAAAAUAUAUUUAUUUUUGGAAAUAAAAAGGGCCGAAGAUCCUCGUAUAGGAGAGGCAUACAAUGCACUACAAACUGCUUUAUCUAAAACUAGAGACGAGUUUGACGCCUAUGGAGAGUACAUAGUGAACAUUAUACGGUCCAUGGACAACAGAACACGUGCUUUUGUUAAAAAAGAAUUUUCCGACACGAUUUUCAGAGCAGAAAGCGCCUGUUUCGAACAUUCUAUACCAAGUUCAACCAACAGCGACUACAGUUGCUCGGUGCGCCUUCGACGUGGAAGAUCCCUGCCGUGUCGUCUGCUUGCCGUCACCGUCAACGCCGCCGCCGCUUGGUCGCCGCCUUCCGGUCCUUGCAGCCGCCGCAGCCGUCGCCGCCUGCCGGGGCUCGCCGCCCCCGCCUGGCCGCCGCCGUCGCCGCCCCCGCCUGGUCGCCGCCUGCCGGUGCUCGCCGCCCCCGCCUGGUCGCCGCCUCCGCCGCCGCCGCCGCCGCCGCCGCCGCUGUCGCCGUCUCUUGGUGCUCGCCGCUUCUUCUGCCGCCGUCUCUCGGUGUUCGCUGCCGCCUGCGAUCAUGGACGCCCCAACUACCACCAUCAUCUACACCGCUCCUUCACCUGCCCCCCACUGUAA